AUGCCGCCGUCCAAGAAUCACAGCAUCCCAAGCCGAAGUCCUGGACACCAGCAGCGCUCAGCAGAACACCCGUGCCCAUGUACUUUCAAUGAAAGCAGCUCCGGGAUCUGUGAUCUCAAUGUUUGGCAAGGCACAACUCUCGACGAUGAGGCGGCUCAGUCUGGAAAACGACUACUUCGUCCGAAUCUGCCUGUGAUCAAAUGCAAACACUGGACGCAGCUUCGGUUUCCAGCUCGCUUGUAUCAUUUAGUCUCAAUUGGCUGGAUUCCGUUGCUCUGUGUAUUUAUCGGGGUCUAUGUCGCUGUCGUCGGCGUGUUUGCGCUCCUCUUCGCCGCUUGUUAUGGAGCUCGGAAAACGCGAGAAACUACUUCAAUUUGA